UUAACUUUAAUUGAAAUGUUUUGAAUUUGAAGGAUGAACAGAAAGAGGAGAUGCGGUAAUCUAAGUUUUGCGCCAGCUGAGGCUGUGGAAGAAGAAGAAGCCUUUUGAACUAGUUUCAUAGCACCUCCAUAUCCAUACAGCAAACAUGCUACCAGCAGUUGAGAAACCGCGCGAUCAAGUGGCGAUUCUAAUCGAGGGUAAAGUGCGAGAAAUGCCCUCAUUUUGGUCAGAUUGUUGUAUUUACAAAGUCCCCGAGAGAUUUCGCGAAGGAAAUGAAGAAUUCUACAAACCCUCGGUGUUCUCAAUCGGACCUUACCACUUUCACCAAGGCAGUUUCCCACAAAUGCAAAUCUUUAAACUCAAAUACUUAGAGGCCUUCUUGAGCCCAAACCAUCUCAGCUUAGACCAAUGCCUUGGCCUUGUGAGGACGUGGGAAGGAACAGCCAGGCGUUAUUACGCCGACCCCAUUGACCUAAGCAGUGAUGAGUUUGCAGAGCUGAUGCUGGUGGAUGCAAUUUUUGUCUUGGAGCUUUUGCUUAGGUGUAUGAUUUUCGAUGUUGUGCAUGAUGUCAUGUUGAUUGAGAACCAAAUUCCCUUCUUUGUUCUUGAGGGUUUGUAUGACCUAGUUGAUAGCAACUCCACAGGAAAUCUCAAGUUGGUCGAGCUUACGCACGAGUUCUUAAAGUGUAACGCCAAAAUCGACGCAUUUGGUGCUGAUCAUGCACCUGUGCCUGGAGUUGACCAUGGACUAUAUCAUUUUGUUGAUUUUAUACGAUACUACUACGUGCCCCCGCCGCCUAGAGAGGAUUCCUCAUGGGGUGUCACGACUUCAAAGGACGUGGACUUGCUCACUGAACACGAAAUUAUAUCUAGCCUGUUGGAGAUUAACGAUGAAUUGUCAGCUCUAAUUAAACGAAUUGGCCAAGGGGUUUACAUCGAUGGGCGAACUGAUUAUUACCUAAGCCUUUCAGAAAAUCUCAGUGCCUACUGCAAGGUCCCUUGGCACAAAUGGAAAGCAAAUUUGAAGCGCGACUAUUUCAACACUCCAUGGAAACUUGCUUCCACCAUUGCAGCAAUUAUACUCCUUGUGCUCACACUCAUACAAACCAUAUGCUCCAUCUUAUCCGUAUAGCUUAAUUAGGUCCACGGCCAGAAAUUAAGAUUAAGGCCUUGUGUAUGCACGUAUGUUCUUUCCAAGUGUUAAAACUGAAGUAAUUUUGUUAUGCCAUGAGCUUAUGUUG